AUGGACAACGUUGUUGGCCAGGAAAAUACUCGAAACAAUGUGGCGGAGGAAGAGGUAAUUUUAUGUAAAAAUGAACAAAAAGACGCGGGGGAGAGGAAUGAAGUCGUUGAAGGAGAGGAUUCAGUACUUGAUAAUAAGAACUCAUCAACAGCGACGCAAAAGGACGUUGCUGUAGGUGACCAAAGUAACACAACGGAUGUUUCAGCAAGUGCACCGACAGACAUAUCAACUUCACCGAAAAACAGUUUAGAAACCUUACAAUCAACCCCAACCUCAACAUCAGACCCAUAUAAAACGAACAGCUUGGUUUUUAAUAAACACGAGAUUCUCGUUACCUCAGAUUCACAAACCCACUUUCAUUAUUUAGAUACAGAUAUUGAUCCAAACAACCUUACAGAGAUUGAUGAAAACGGAAUGAUAGCCUUACAAGUUGUUGAAAAGAAAUCACCAUCCGAGACAUUAACAUCGACAAUAAAUGCAUCUAAAAUAAUAACGCCAAAACGGAUUAUUCGAAUAGAAAGAGAUUAUUCUCGUGGAGAAGUGUGUCAGUUCCGUACAACUUUUCCAACAGAAAUUGAUGGACGGAUAACUCCAAUACAAUUUAGACAAACAAUCAAUAGAUUAAAUGAGCUUUUGGCAAAAGCAUUCAAUCCAAAAAAUAAUUGGUAUGAUAACUGCCUUGCCUGCUUAACAAUAUAUACGUCAACUUUGUAUAUACGGUCACAUUACGAAAAGAUUGUUGAAGAAAUAUGUAUAUUUUUAGAUAAUGAAAAUCAGAAUUUAUAUAACAUAAAUGGACUUAAUUUCCGGGAUCCACGAAAAAUUUCCUUUUUAUUUCUCGAACUUGAAUUAUACUAA